CGGGCGGAGCAGUUACCAUGCAAAGCGUGAGGUGUCCGGAUGGGAAUCUUUCUAUGUAGUAUGUAUCAUUCAUUCAGUAGCUCUGGUGUGUUCUGACGUCUCCCGACCGGCUUUUUCGUGUUUACAACAGCAGGAUUAGACCCUUAGACCUGCGGUGCGAGGUUUAUUGGAAGAAAAACCGCAACUGGAAGCAAACCACGACUGAAGAUGAGGGAACAGCAACAAGUGAACCAGCCCGAGGACUGAGAGCAUCAACUGGAGAGAACCCAUCUGACUCAGUGAUUCAGUCAGGAGAAAGUUUGGACUGAUUUGUACUUCCUGAAAUGGACCUGAUUUAACCUGGAAAUGGAAAUGACUCGUCCUGUGAUAGGACAUCAGUAAAGAAAGCACAACUUUUCCCUGUCAAUUAUCUGUUAGACCUGUGGUGAGAGAUUUAUUGGAAGAAAAACCGCAACUGGAAGCAAACCACGACUGAAGACGAGGGAACAGCAACAAGUGAAUCAGCCCGAGGACUGAGAGCAUCAACUGGAGAGUACCCAUCUGACUUCGUGAUUCAGUCAGGAGAAAGUUUGGUUAAAAAUGAGAAGGAAUUAGUCUCCAGGAAGCUCAAGCACGGCACAACAGUUUUGAUGUCUCUGUCUAGAUGUUUAAAAAGUGGAGCAAGGGAACCAAUUGACCAUCCUUCCUGUUCAGACUGUGGGGAGGGAUUCACUCGGGCAUUAGACCAACUGGCACGCCUGUAAUUUACACAGGAGAAAGACCGUUCACCUACUCAGACAGUGGGAAUUGAUUCACUCAGUUAUCACAAUUGAAGGUACAUCAGCAAGUUCACACUGGGCAAGGCCAUUCAUCUGUUCUGUGUGUGAGAAGGGGUUCAGACAGUCUUCCCACCUGUGAACACACCAGUCAGUUCACACCACACUGGGCAGAGGCUGGUCAUCUGCUGAAAUUCUGGGAAAGGAUUCACUCAGUCAUCUGACCUAAUGGCUCACCAGCGAGUUCACACUGGGGAGAAGCCAUUCACCUGUUCAGUCUGUGGAAAGGGAUUCACUCAGUCAUCCAACCUACGGAGACAUCAGCGAGUUCAUACUGGGGAGAGGCCGUUCACCUGCUCAGAAUGUGGGAAAGGAUUCAUUCAGUCAUCCCACCUACUGGAACAUCAGCAAGUUCACACUGGGGAGAAGCCGUUCACCUGCUCAGUCUGUGGGAAGAGAUUCACUAAUUUAUCCAGCCUACAGAGACAUCAGCGAGUUCACACUGGGGAGAAACUGUUAACCUGCUCAGUCUGUGGGCAGAGAUUCACUAAUUUAUUCAGCCUACAGACACAUCAGCGAGUUCACACUGGGGAGAAGCCAUUCACCUGCUCAGAAUGUGGGAAGGGAUUCACUCGGUUAUCUACCCUACUGGUACAUCAGCGAGUUCACACUGGGGAGAAGCCGUUCACCUGCUCAGUCUGUGGGAAAGGAUUCACUCAGUCAUCUCACCUACAGAGACAUCAGCGAGAUCACUCUGGGGAGAAGCCUUUCAACUGCUCAGUCUGUGGGAAAGGAUUCACUCAGUCAUCUACCCUACUGGUACAUCAGCGAGUUCACACUGGGGAGAAGCCGUUCACCUGCUCAGAAUGUGGGAAGAGCUUCACUCAUUUAUCCAACUUAUGGAACCAUCAGCAAGUUCACACUGGGGAGAGGCCGUUCAACUGCUCAGUCUGUGGGCAGAGAUUCACUAAUUUAUUCAGCCUACAGAGACAUCAGCGAGUUCACACAGGGGAGAAGCCAUUCACCUGCUCAGAAUGUGGGAAAGGAUUCACUCGGUCAUCCACCCUACAGAGUCAUCAGCGAGUUCACACUGGGGAGAGGCCGUUCACCUGCUCAGUCUGUGGGAAGAGAUUCACUCGGUCAUCUGACUUACGGAGUCACCUGCGAGUUCACACUGGGGAGAAGCCGUUCACCUGCUCAGUCUGUGAGAAGGGAUUCAACCAGUUAGGUAACCUACAGAGACACCAGCGAGUUCACACUGGGCAGAAGCCAUUCACCUGCUUAGUCUGUGGGAAGAGAUUCACUCAUUUAUCCAACCUAUGGAAUCAUCAGCGAGUUCACACUGGGGAGAGGCCAUUCACCUGCUCAGUCUGUGGGAAAGGAUUCACUCAGUCAUCUACCCUACUGGUACAUCAGCGAGUUCACACUGGGGAGAGGCCGUUCACCUGCUCAGUCUGUGGGAAGGGAUUCACUCAGUCAUCUACCCUACUGGCACAUCAGCGAGUUCACACUGGGGAGAGGCCUUUCACCUGCUCAGUCUGUGGGAAGGGAUUCACUCGUUCAUUCACCCUACAGAGUCAUCAGCGAGUUCACACUGGGGAGAAGCCGUUCACCUGCUCAGUCUGUGGGAAAGGAUUCACUCAGUCAUCUACCCUACUGGCACAUCAGCGAGUUCACACUGGGGAGAGGCCGUUCACCUGCUCAGUCUGUGGGAGGGGAUUCACUCAGUCAUCUACCCUGCUGGCACACCAGCGAGUUCACACUAGAGAGAGGCGGUUCACCUGCUGAGAAUGUGGGAAAGGAUUCACUCAGUCAUCCCACCUACUGGCACACCUGUCAGCUCAUAAUGGGCAGUGGCCAUUGUUAUGAAUCCCUAGGUUUUGUUUGCUGUGGACUGUCAUUUUAAGAGAGAGAGAGAGAUUAAGAAGGCAAAUGUGUCUGACGCAGCUUGUUUACAUCGGUCGCAGCUUGUUUAGUUUUAACCGAGGACACAAACACAGAGUCAGACGGAGACGAAGGAGGAAAAAUGGAAGAAUCGAAACCAGGGAACUAAUGGCCAAGGGUCACUGUUUGGAACUUUACUUUGCCCACAAGGGUGGGCUAAUUAUCGAUUCACCGUACUCAAAUGUGUGGUUGUCACCUCAUUUGAUCCAUAGCAGUGGAUCUGAUUUGUGAUAUCCUGUGGAGACCACUGAUGUGUUAACCCUUGCCUGGCUGUGGUUUGGUAAUUCAUUUGAAGACGAUACCCCUCAGGACAAGUCACUUCCGGUGAUAAUUAGUAUGUGGAUUUGGAAGGAUGACAGAUAAAAUCUACAGCGACUGUUGGUCUCAUUUUACCACCAUGGAACCUGUGGAAUACAACAUAAUUGCCUUCUCUCAACAUUUAUCCUGGAUUACAAAUAUCUCUCUCAUCACCUAUUCUGUGGUUGAACUGAACUUUCAUACUUUCCCAUCUCAAGACUCCAUGCCUUGUUUCUCCCGAGCUCAAUAGUUUGGGAGUUGUAUUUAUACACAUUUAUACACAUAACACUCACGAGGAAAUCUGCAGAUGCUGGAAAUUCAAACAACGCACACAAAAUGCUGGUGGAACAAAGCAGGCCAGGCAGUAUCUAUAAGGAGAAGAACUGUCGACGUUUCAGGCUGAGACCCUUCAUCAGGACUAACUGAAAGGAAAGAUAUUAAGAGAUUUGAAAGUCGUGUGGGGAGGGUGAAAUGCGAAAUGAUAGGAGACCGGAGGUGGUGGGAUGAAGCUAAGAGCUGGAAAGGUGAUGGGCGAACGUGAUACAGAGCUGGAGAUGGGAAAGGAUCAUCGGACAGGAGGCCUCGGGAGAAAGAAAGGUGGGGGGAAGCACCAGAGAGACAUGGAAAACAGGCAAACAAUUAAAUAUGUCAGUGAUGGGGUAAGAAGGGGAAGAGGGGCAUUAAUGGAAGUUAGAAGUCAGUAUUCAUCCCAUCAGGUUGGAGGCUACCCAGCCAGUAUAUAAAGUGUUGUUCCUCCAACCUGAGUUUGGAUUAAUUUUGACAGUAGAGGAGGCCAUGGAUAGACAUAUCAGAAUGGGAAUGGGACAUGGAAUUAAUAUGUAUGGCCACUGGGAGUAGUCUGUUGCUGCUGGUUCGUUUCUGAAGUGUUACGGUUUGUAACAAAAUGGGGCCUGCAUCUGGGAUAUGAACAAAUUUAAGGAUUAAUUUAAUAUGGAUUUCAUUGGGGAAAUCCCUUUUGAUUAAUUUGUGUGUGGAAAAUCAGCAGCAAUGGAUGUUCAUAGAUAUCUGGAAGUGUGAACCUCUCAGGCAUUAGAGGACACCAGAAGGAUUGAGUUGUUGAGUAUUGCUAAAACGUUAAUACUUGCUAAGGUGAAAUUCACAAUCAGGAGGGCGUAGAUGCAGAGGAUAAUAGCUGAACAUUAUGUAUCUGAGGGUGUGUUUAAAGUGAAGGAGUUGGAGGUGUUUCCUGAAAGUAAACCUAGUGAGCUUGAGCUCCAGUACGAGUUAGAAAAAUUAAAGGUGGAGGCUCUGGAAAGGCGGAAGCAGUUUCAGGCUGGAGAGGCAGAAAAUCAGAAAGAAAAUUCUCUUACAAUGUGUAAUUAAGAGGAAGGCUUAGCAAGCCUAUUCUGCUUUGACAGUUGCUGAAGCAGCUUAUUAUUUAUUUAUUUAUGCUGCCCCAAUCAUCGCCACUGGGCUAUAAAUGUGCAGGAGCUGUGUGUGGUUCAGUGCUUUGCUCAAGGACACACAAGCUGCCUCGGCUGAGGCUCGAACUCAUGACUUUCAGAUCGCUAGUUCAACACCUUAACCACAUGGUCACGCAGCACACAUUAUGACAUAGUGAAACAGGCUGUGCUCAAACCUUACGAGUUGGUCCCAGAAGCAGACAGGCAAAAGUUUAGAAAUUUGAAGAAAUCUAUGAACCAGACAUACGGAAUUUGCUUAUGAGAAAUUUGUGUGUUUUGACCGCUGGUGCACAUCUGAACAUGUAAAUGAUGAUUUUAACAGCUUCAAAGAGUUGGUUUUAAUUGAAGAAUUCAGAAGGUGCGUCUAUGAUGACAUAAAGACGUAUUUCGAUGGAAAUGAUGAAACAUUUUCAUAUGAGUUGAAUUGUCUUUUCCUAAAUCUUACAUAUUAUCCUUAAUUAUUUGGAUGGAGGUUCGGAGUUAUUCGCACUACUGUAUAUGUACUUAACAUUAUUCAACGGCCCAUGUUGGUUAGUGUUUUUUUUCUCUUUUUUUUUCUGGGGUCUUUUUUUUUCUUUUUAUUUCUUUGUUCAUCAAUGUUAUGAGUUUGGGAGGUUAUCUAUUUUUAUUAUUAUAUAUCUGAAUGUCUAUUUAAACUAUUAAUUAUGUACUCUCAAACACUUUGUAUUCAUCUUUCAUUUAUGUUUGUUUAAAAUUAAUAAAAAGAUUUUAAAAGAGAGAAGAA